CACUGCUUCAACUUGCUACCCCCACCGCUUUAACCUAUUUCACUAUUUCCGAGCAGCUGUGCUUGCUCCCUUCGUCCCUCUUUCUACUUAACUCUGCGCCUCUCCUUCUCCGAUCCUCCCUCCAUCCUCUCGCCGACCAUGUCGAAGGAGCCAAUCUACGUCGACUUUUCCUUGCCCCUGGCCGAGCUCCUCCGCAAAGGCACCGCCGUUGCUCACGAAGAGGCCGCGAAGAGCCAGGGGGCGGCAUGGAUGGUCCGAGGCGAGCUCGACAGGGAGGAGUAUAUUCGCUUCCUCAUGAUGCUCUGGCACGUAUAUGAUACGCUCGAGCGUGGUCUCGAGCGACAUGCGUCGCACCCGGUGCUUGCGUUCACCUACAACCCUGCGCUGCUGUCGCGCGCACCAGCGCUAUCCGCCGACAUCGCCUACUUCCUCCAGACGAACGAGGCGGACUGGCAGAACCACCCUAUGCAUAUGGAGCUCCUGAGCAAUCCUCCCCCUGUGCUCUCGCGAUAUCUGGAUCGCCUCAACACUAUUGCUUCAUCUGAGGACCCUUCUACCCUUCUCUCGCAUGCGUACGUCCGCUAUCUAGGCGACUUGAGCGGAGGCCAGGUCAUCCGCAGCAGGGUCAGCAAAGCGUACGGCCUCGAGGGCGGCUCAGGCGUAUCUUUCUUUGAAUUCAAGCCUCUGGGAGGCUCGGGCACCGCCACUAUCGGUGACAUGAAGAAGAUCAAGGAGUGGUACCGCGAGAACAUGAAUUCGGCCGCCGGUGAUGACCAGGAGCUGAAAGCGGACAUUGUCGAAGAGGCUCUCAUUGUGUUCGAGCUCAAUGGUGAGCUUUUCGCUGCGCUCAGGCCACCGUCGUCGGCGUCGCUCGAGAGCUCCGUGCUCUCUCUACCCCCACUGGGAGAUCCUGUCACGCCUAUUGAUGGCAGCUUCAACAAGCUAUCAGGAGGCGGUGAAUCAACUGUGCUGUACGAGGAGAAGAAGCCGGCGGAGAAGUUGUAUUCAGUGUCGGCCGUCAUCGCGGUCGUUGCGGCGAUGUCGUUGGCGCAUUUCGUCCUGGUCACUGGCGGGUUCACGGGGGAUCGCGGGAUGGCUAAGCUGGAGGCGCUGAGAAGAUGGUUGUUCACGCACUGAACGACAGCCGAGCAUCUGGACAUACCCAUCUACAGCUAUCUCAACACACAUGUCUGGGUAUUCGAUAUAUAAUAACCUGGCAAGACCCCUGUCUGCGUUGUAGUAUAAGUCAAUUGUAAUUACACUGUUCCCGAGUGUGCGGUA